AUGACCAAGAAAACAGAGAACAAGAGACGGCAAGAAUCUACAAGCGAUGAAGUAUCGACGAAGAGGACAAAGAAGGGUUUGAAGAAGGAGGAAACUCCUGCAGAAAUUAUCGAUGAAGGCUGCUGCGACGAUGAAUCCUGUGAUGGAGGUUGCGAAAUGCUACAUGACUCUUCUCCGGUAGAGUUGGUAGUGGGGAAUACAUUGUCUGUCUUCGAAGAGCUUCAGACUGUCGAAGAGCUAGAAGAAGCUUUUGAUCAGGUGAAAGAAGGAGUGAGGAACAUGCUUUACACGGCCACUCUGAACAAAAUGUUCGAAAGAGUUCUUUCUCAUCAUGGAGAAAAGGUCCUGUUCGAAACGAAAGAGAAGAAGCAUUUGAAAGAGCUCUUUUCCAAGUGUGCUGUCGUCUCCCACACGAAAUCCAAGGAUAAGGACUGGACUCUUGGUCCUCGGCACGAAUACUGCAGUGUAUGCAACACAAUAGCAAUCGAAUCAGUUGCGGGCACCGUUCUUGUAACUAUGGAGUGCUAUUGGCAUGAAGAUGACAAUGAGGGCUUUGUAGAAGAAAUGAGUCUUACAUAUAGUAUGGAGGGGGAAGAGGACGAGGACGAGGACGAGGACGAAGAGACUGGGAGCAAGAAGAUGGAUGAUCACGAUGAGACAAGUGAUGAUGAGGAGAAUGAGAUUAUAACUAUCUUUGACGCAAGAUUUGCUUCACGCGGAGAAUCCACAUUUAAUCUUGUCAAAGCAAACUACGACGAGAUUUUCAAGAUGGUUGACUGUAAGGUUUCGAAGAGGUCCCUCCUCCGUUUUUUAAUUUUGUGCCUUCGUGUGGAAACCGCAAAACUCAGAGGCAACAUGGGAAGCAUCGCAACUGGUGCAGAGGAACAAGAAGAUACUGAGAUGAUGUGCAACUUUUUACUGCGUUUCAAUCUGGACUGA